UCUGACGUAGGGAUCGCGAGCGAGCCGAGCGAGCGUACCGUGCGCUUCCAUUUUCUCGAGCAUCUCAGACGGAUCGGAGAGCACGUGUCGCGGCGUAGCCGGUCCCCGCGCUCGCACAACUCGUCGACUCGCUCGCUCGUAAGAGGAAGGAUUUCACGUGGAGCAGACAGCACUAGUCGCAGCCACCCUCUCGCUUACGCGCGCCCGUCCCCCUCUCUCGCACGAACAGAGGUUAAAAAGCAUGAAUCCCGAGAAGCUCAAGAAGCUCCAGGCCCAAGUGCGAAUCGGCGGCAAGGGUACACCCCGACGCAAGAAGAAGGUUGUACAUGCAACUGCCGCCACAGAUGACAAAAAGUUACAGAGUUGUUUAAAGAAACUUUCUGUAAAUACAAUUCCUGGAAUAGAGGAGGUUAAUAUGAUUAAAGACGAUGGCACGGUCAUCCAUUUUAAUAAUCCGAAAGCCCAGGCUAGUCUGUCCGCUAAUACAUUUGCUAUCACUGGUCACGGAGAGAAUAAACAGAUAACCGAGAUGUUACCGGGAAUAUUGAGCCAGCUUGGACCCGAGGGUCUGACACAGCUGAAACGAUUAGCAAGUACAGUCGCUGGAAGCGCGGUUGGGAAAACCACAUUGGAAGAGGACGACGAGGUUCCCGACCUAGUGGAGAACUUUGAUGAAGCCAGCAAAGAGGAGGUGGCUCCCAAAAAGGAACUGGAUGAAAAUGACAAACCCAAUGGCGAGAAAAAAGACGCCAUUAUUAUUGAAGAGAAGAAAGAAGCCCCGUUAGCUACACCUGAAGCUUAAGAAUGAAUGCUAAGGUAUUUCCUACAACAAAGUUGUAACAAUAAGUAAUUGAUGAGUUAAGAGGAACGCGUGCUGGAGAAGCCAUGAAGCAUAACUAUACAUACAUUACAAAUACUUGACAUACACCCCAUGAUACUUGCUAAUACAAGUAACAGUUGACAAGAAAUAAAAAAAACUGUUACAAAAAUCAAAAGGAUUUCCCAGAGAUUUUUUUAUCAUUUUGGUGCUAUCGCUAAGAGAGGAGAGAGACAGAGAGAGUGGAGAUAGUCUUUGCUUCGAAUUAAUCAAGAUGUUUUUAUGAUCCCUAGUUAAUAUCGUGUGACGCUUUAACUAUUUAAGAUGUCAACGGAGAUUGGAGCAUUUAACUCAAUCGCAGAGAAUUGUAACAGAAUUAAUAUUAUGCUGCAAAUUUUGUUAUUAAUACAUUGAUGUGGGAGA